AUGGAAGUACCAGUAGCAGUCGCAGUAGUGAAAUACCCUCAACGCCCGUCCGUUGUCCUGGGCAGCAGCUACCACUUCAUCUCAUCACGCUUGGCCGCUAACCAGCGCCGAGAGAAUGAGGCCGGACCAGCCGAGCGAUUGUUGUGCCCGCCCGUCGACUCGGUCGUGGCUUGCGAUGCAAUGCAUUUCAUUGUCUCUUGCCCCGUUUGGGAAGAUGCUAACUCGAAGAAGUCUGGCUCUCAGCUUCUUGUGCGUGUCUUUGUGUACGUACCGCAUCUGAAGUCCCCGGGGCCCCUCCUUCCCGCGACCAACUCAUCGUCUUUCCUCUCGGGCAUUGUGGCCUCGACCAUGUCCCUCCUGCCUUCGACCGCAGGUUGGUUCCUGCAUUUCAUGCCGUCCGCGAACUGCAGGCGCCUGCCCUGGCCGCACCCGCGCCUCACUUUGUCAUCAGAUGAACACCACGCAACGCACCUCUCAAGAAGCUCCAACUUCAGCCUCUUCUCCUUGUCAGGCUUGAUUUUCAUGGCGGCGUUGCCCCGUUUGGCUCAUGCCCCCACGCCUUGGCCCCCAAACACCGACAUCUUCGAGAGUUCCAUCCACAAAUCCUACCCAACGACUGACCAUGGUGUCACGCUCGGGCCCUCUGAGAUACACCAUUUGCAGUUGUUGCUUUUACCAUCAGGAGGAAGCAUCUUACCCGUUCCAUUCUUCAGCAGUACUGAUGCCCAAACAGGUGCUAUCUUUCUUUCUCUCUCUCCGGGCCCCAUGCUCCUCGGCGCAAUCGAUGCUAGAAUUCACUUCGACACCCGUGCAAGAUCCAGAGUCGUUCAAAGCGCAGACAUCCUAGGGACUUACAACACCGUCGCGCUAUUGAUGACACGGACGAAAGCCACGACCGUUCAGGCCUUCCGCCCGGAGCGCCGAAAUGAGACAGAUUCCGGACCCACCCUACCAUCACCGAUCGGGAUCAAGACUAGAGCCUCUACUGCCUUCUGGACCAGGCUAUCCAACAUCUCUGGCGGCUCUCGGACACUUCCCGCCCAACUAAGAUGUACAUUCAUCGCAUAUACCGAGGCUAUACCAAUAGUCAUCAUCGUUCUCGGAUGCGGUUUGAUAUCAGUCGAUGCCUCUCAAGCCACUCUCGGCUCGAGCCGAACACGUGGCGCUGAUGAUACCGGACGUUUGUGUCUUGACGAGAUAUCCCCGAGCCGCACGACAUCGCUGCCUGCUAAUAUACGAGUGAUCAGAGUUCUCAUGGAGUUUCCUAGGAGUGCCAUAUCGAGCCACAUAGUGGCGGGGCCGCGGGCUCAGAUGAUCCAAUCGAAGACCAUUCUAAGUAUCUACCUGCGUAACGAUUUCGACCGUCUCACAGCCUGUGUCGGUCAUCUUGGGCUCAGAUAUGUAUCUGUUCGCCACUUGACAAAAGCAGAGCCUUCCGGUCAGGCAUUUCAAGCAAGAGAACGUUCAGACAAUCUGCGCCGCUAUGGCAUCGAUCAUCUUCUCCGGAGUCCAGUCGAUGGUCUCGUGAUGGUCUCAUUACCAUGUAUACAUGAUAUCAUAUUUUCAGCCUUGUGGUGGUUCUUUCCGGCUUUUCGGGUGCAACAGAUCGAUCUUGACGGGGUCUGGCUUCAAGCAGAUCACACGACAACGCGAUACUCGGGCUAUGCACCAAGCUCGCGCUCAUUUCAGUGUGGUGAUUUUGAGCCAAACAACACGAUCCAAUACGAGAUUGUAAGCAAAUUGCCUAUCGAGAUGGCGGCACCGGCCGGCAAGGACAACCGCAGAGUCAAUGAGAUCUGCAUAGACUCGGUCACGGCCUACGCGUUUACCCUCAUGAGGCGGAAGCCUCAAGGUUACUCCAACAGAAUGCCCAAGAUAGACAUAAAGAAGAGACGGCCUGAUUAUCAACGAAUCAUGUGCUGGGUCGUCAGACUCUCCGUUGCCAUCGAUCUCACACCUGCCAGGGGAUGUUCAAACUGCUCCGCCGUGACCACCAAGCGUCACAUGUCAGAUGCUGAAGGUCUGGUCAGUUCGCACUUCCGUCGCCAGCAGUGCUGUUCGUUGGUGUCAUGCGGCGCCGAAGCACUUACAGAAUGUUCCGUCCCAAUUGCUUCAUCACAAAUCCAGCAUGACACAUAUCCUGAGUCCUCGGCCGGACGGAUCCGGAGGGGGCGGAACGGAGCGGGCAAGCUCUCCGACCUGCCAGGAUUCCUGAACAGGUAUAGCUGGAUGGCAAGUGCCCGCAAGAGCCGGCCGGGAUUGGGCAUUUCGCCGACGGUCCAACAGUCGAAAUUUCAAACACCAUGCUGGCUUACUGGUGGUUCGGUACCCGCCCAGCAGACGUCGCGAACUAUGGCCUUCGGUAGCAUCCGGUGA